AUGUCUCCGGGAAAAACAACGACCGCUUCGCAUCCAUUCCACCACGCUGAUGCAGACCUUAUCUUACGUUCAUCCGACGUGGAGCCAGUCGACUUCAGAAUCUUCAAACUCUUGCUAUCAUUAGCGUCACCAUUCUUCUCUCUGAUAUUUACUCUUCCCCAACCCAAGAUCGCGAAGGAGGUCCAGGAUGGGAUCCCGGUCAUUCACAUGGCCGAGGACAAACAGACGCUGAAGACUCUCCUCGGUUUCUGCUACCCGAUCAGCAUGCACGCGCCACCCCAAUUUGAGUCUCUUUCGGAGCUGCAGAAGGUGGCCGAUGCUGCCUUCAAAUAUGAGAUGGAAGGGAUACAACGGCAUGCACGAAAAGAGCUUAUCGAACCACGCUUCGUCGAGUCGCAGCCUCUGCGAGUAUUUGCUAUUGCGCAUCGGUAUGGCUGGGCUGCGGAAGUGAGAUUGGCAGCCAAAAACACGUUACAGAUGCCGAAGGACCACCCCUUUGUGGCGGAGCUUGCGUACAUCUCGGCCGCCACAUAUCAUCGGCUACAAGAGUACCGUAGAGUGUGUGGGGAAGUUGCAAGUACUCGGGCUGCAUUACAGUCUGCGCUUCUGGACCAGGAAGAUGAUUGGGUGUGGGUAACGUGUCAGAUCUGCCCUAAGGCGGAUCCAGAGGAUAGUUUUUACCCAGCGGUUCGGAAAUGGUGGAUAGAUUGGAUCCAUGAUACCGCGGAGGAACUUCUAAAUCGUCCGAGGGGAGAAACUGUGAAAAAGUACGAUGUGAGAAGGAAGGCACUUGCAAAGGCAGAUUCUUGCCUAACAUGUCGUACAAGGGCCCCUGAAGAACUGGAUGCUUUCUCACAAAUGCUGGCGGUGCAAAUCGAAAAUGAAAUAUCUGCGGUUCCGCUUGGGAUCGACCUUGAUGACUGGGAUUGA